AUGCCCUCCGUCACAGCAGCCCGCUACGGCAAGGACAAUGUGCGCCUCUUCAAGACGCACCGUGACCCCAAGACGGGCGUGCACACGGUGACGGAGACGGUCGUGUGCGUGCUCCUCGAGGGCGCCAUUGAGACGUCGUACACGCGCGCCGACAACUCGGUCGUCGUCGCCACCGACACGAUGAAGAACACCGUCUUCAUCCUCGCCAAGCAGCACCCCGUCACGCCGCCAGAGCUCUUUGCCGCGACGCUCGGCGCCCACUUCGUCGCCAAGUACGCCCACAUCCACGUCGCCAACAUCAGCGUCGUCACCAAGCGCUGGGUGCGUAUGAACGUCGACGGCAAGCCGCACCCGCACAGCUUCGUCAAGGAGGGCGAGGAGAAGCGCAACGUCGCCGCGCGCGUGUCCCGCCGCGACGGCAUCGCCAUCAACAGCGGCAUCUCCGACCUCACCGUCCUCAAGAGCACCGGAUCCGCCUUCCACGGCUUCCUCCGCGACGACUUCACCACCCUGCCCGAGACGUGGGACCGCAUCAUGUCCACCGACGUCGACGCCAGCUGGGACUGGGCCGUCUUCCCCGACCUCGCCGCCGUCAAGGCCGCCGUGCCCAAGUUUGACCGCGCCCACGAGGCCGCGCGCAACAUUACCUUUAAGUGGUUCGCCGAGGACAACAGCGCCAGCGUCCAGGCGACCAUGUACAAAAUGUCCGAGGACAUUCUCAAGGCCGUCCCCGAGGUCAGCAAGGUGUACUACUCGCUGCCCAACAAGCACUACUUUGAGCUUGACUUGAGCUGGCACAAGGGUAUCAAGAACACUGGCAAGGAUGCCGAAGUCUACGUCCCCCAGAGCAACCCCAACGGUCUCAUCAAGGUCGAGGUCUCUCGCGAUGGCCCUUCGUCCAAGCUGUAA